AUGCUUUUAAAUUGGUGGCAUUCAGCCUUAGCUUUGCCUAUACAGGAAAAGCUUAUUCCAAUACAACCACUAAGAGAUGAACAAUUACUUCAUCUUUCUAUUGAAAAUAAGCAAAAUAUUGUUGGAUUAUUAUCGCCAACAUUCCUCGAUUUGUAUUUACCUUCACAGCCAAACUUGUUGUCCACUUUACUUAUUCUUCUAAUUAUCACAGUAUUAAGCAUGCUUUUAUUAUUUACAAUGUUAGCACGUAUUCGUUUUAGUCGCUUUUUUGAUACAACACAAACACAAAAAUUGGAUGAGGUAUUUAGAUAAAUAA